AUGAAGAUAAGACAAGCGCACGUGUUUCCCACACGUGGAGGCACUCGAAGACUCAUCGCCCUCCGCAGAAGUGGCGUUGUUCUUCUUCGUCUUUACACCACUUACCCAGAAAUGGAGCUCCGCCUGUGUAAUCCAUUUCGUCACAUUAUUCCUCUUCCUUCAAAUUACUCCAAUCAAAUUACAUCUUCCUCCCAAGCUCGUAGCUUAUCGGUUCGAAGCUCCCACUUAGGCCCCAACGAAUCACGCAAGCUAGUUUUGGAAGUGAAGGAGAAGCUUGAGAAAGAUCAUCAAAGUCUUCCGGUAGGCAAAAAUGGAAGAGAUGAUGAGGACUUCAUUCUCUGGUUUCUCAAGGACCGAAAAUUUUCAGUCCAAGAAUCAGUUGAAAAAUUGCACAAGGCAAUUAAAUGGCGUCAAGAAUUUGGCGUGUCUGAGUUGUCUCAAGAUUCAGUGAAGAACAUUGCUGAAACUGGAAAGGCUUAUGUGCACGACUUUCUGGAUGUUAAUGGUAGACCAGUUCUUAUAGUGGAUGCUGCUAAGCAUUUUCCUGCUGUGCAUGAUCCUGCUGAGAAUGAGAAGCUCUGUGUAUUUUUGAUUGAGAAGGCAUUGAGUGCCCUUCCUGAAGGGAGAGAAGAAAUACUCGGAAUCUUUGAUCUCCGAGGCUUCGGUACAGAGAAUUCUGAUUUAAAGUUUAUAACAUUUUUGUUUGAUGUAUUCUACUGUUAUUACCCAAAGCGAUUGGGCCAAGUCCUCUUCGUGGAUGCUCCUUUUAUAUUCAAACCUAUUUGGCAGCUUGCAAAACCCUUGUUGAAAUCAUAUGCUUCGGUGGUGAGGUUUUGCUCUGUGGAGACUGUCAGGAAGGAAUAUUUUACAGAAGCAACACUACCGGCCAAAUUUAGAGACUGAUCGAUGAGAGAUUUUACUUAUUAAUAUGACUUGCGUUAAACUGUAAAUUUAACUCUGGCUCAUGUCUUCUGCACGUGGAAUGUAGUUAUGUAGAUUUUUCAUUUAGCUUCAUAGCUUUUGACGGCUAUAGAAACUAUUACAUGUCCAAGACUCUAAAGCGAUUGCUCAUUCUUGGGGGCAAGAGAGAGGGCUUUUCUCCCCCGCGGCCUUUCUCAAUAUAAUUGGAAGGUUUUACA